UCAAGUGUCUGAUUGUAAUUCGUACUCGCUGAUAAUAUUCAUCAAAAAUCCUACAAGUUUUAUAUAACGAGAGAGUGUUAUUUUACAAAGCUACAUUUACAUAGGAUUAAAGAUUUUUUUGAUUAUUUGAAUAUGGCUACAAAUAAUUAUCCUCCGAAUACCUCAAACAUCCCACCUUGUAAUACGAAUGAUCUUCCACCACCAUACUCUGCUGUUGUAGGUAAUCCCCAGUAUGGUUUUGUUGCACCUCCAGGUGAACCAUUUCCUGCGGCGGGUGGUGUCUUUCCGCAACCAAAACAAUUCACUCCAGUAGGAGUCUAUCCUCAUCCAACAGUCUUACCUACCUCUGCUCAACCUCAAACUGAUGUUCCGCCUCCGCCUCCUGGUAUGUCUGUGCCUGUUGGUGUCGUGAUGCCUCCUGCGGUUGGUAGUGAACCCACCACAGUGACUUGCUACAACUGUGGCAAAGUUGUUACAACAAGGGUUACAUAUACAACAGCUUGGCAUACUCAUCUCGUUGCUGGUUCAAUUUGUGUAAUCACUAUGGUUUGUUCAUUAUGCUGUCUUGGACUCAUACCUUAUUGCUUCGACACCUUCAAGGAUGCUGAACACUACUGCCCCAACUGCAGUACCUUUAUUGGUAAAAGCAACAAAUGCUAAUGAAAUAUAAUUCAUUUAUAUUCUUCCUUAUAGAAUAUUCUAACAAUAUAUUGUACAUUUAUUUGCACAAACUUCCUUAUAUGAUCUCUUGAAUAAAACAUAGAUUUGUGUCUUAAACAAUUGUAAAAACCUUUAGUAAUGAAACAUUCUUAUUCACUAUAGUUUUGUAGUUUUUACCAAAUUCUAACUUUAAAUUUCAUUCCUUUUUUAAUUAAUAAUCACUUUUCGAUUACAUAUUUAUCAUGGUGCCAUUUUUAUAUUUCAGCAAUAGCUAUAGGUACUAAAAACAUUAAGUUGCUAUUAUAUGAAUAUUUUGUUACACCAGCAAUUUUGUGCCUAAAGAUUUGAUAAUAAUAUAUAUUAUUUAUUAUUCUUUAUAUAAAUAUUUUGGGGUGGUGGCCCUGAUAGGUUAUAGAAUUUUGUUUUCUUAUGUGCUUAUAUAUUUUUAUUUAAAAUUAAGGUAGUUAAAUAAGAUACUAUUUUUGUACCAUGCGUAAAGAUGUAGUUUUUGUACAAUUAGCAGCAAUGUUACUUAUAAAAAGAAGCAAUCUUCUGUCUUCCUUUUUUGUUUUAUUCAUAUAAAAAGAAUUAAAUAGCAUGAAAAUUAAACAAAGAAACUUGAAAUUGGAAAUAAAUUUAAACUUUUCAUUCUAAAAUGAAUAUUGAAUAAAAUGUCAUAUAUUUCAUAUUUUCCUUAUUAUUAUAAAAUUAACUGUGAUAUUGUUCUGACAUGUGUGUACAGUAUAGGUAAAUCAUAUUGUUUUAUAAUAAUCACUAUAUUUAUUUAUUCUAUUUCCAUCAUUCAAUUCAGUAUUGAAAAAUUAUGUAUAUUGAAAAUUA